AUGGUGCGCAACAUUGUUAUCCUGGGAGGUAACUCUCACCCGCAACUCACAGAACGAGUCUGCCAACUUCUCGGUGUUCCUGCCAGCAACCGAAUUCUUGGAAAAUUCUCUGGCGGCGAGAGCCGUUGCGAAAUCAAGGACUCUGUCCGAGGCAAAGAUGUCUACAUUAUACAAUCCGGCUCUGGCAAUGUCAACGACAACCUCAUCGAGCUGUGCAUCAUGAUUUCAGCUUGCAAAACUGGUUCCGCAAAGCGAGUAACCGCUGUUGUGCCUCUGUUUCCUUAUUCCCGACAGCCUGACUGGCCCUACAACAAAGCUGGCGCUCCUUUGUCACAAGUUUCUGGCGCUUCCAAAGACUAUACAUUUGAGAGCGUUCCUCCUACUCCUCGCCCUGGUGGCCCCAAGUCAGCCGGUCUGCCCAAUGGCGUCGGCAACCUGACAGAAAAGCUCUCAAAAACGGCCCUCGCCAACGAAGCUGCUGCCAGCGGCACAACAAAUGGUGCCAAUGGCACAUUCACUCCUCGUCGUUCAGACACCUUCUCGAGCACGACCUCCGAAGCUCGAGGCCAUCAUACCGAGCACUCAACUUCCUCCCAGAGAAACGCUUACACCACACACGACUACGAGAAUCAGUCCAACAUCUCCAAUUUUCAGCCUAAGCCGGGUUACAAGCAGUGGAUUGCCCAGGCCGGUACUCUUGUUGCCGACUUGCUCACAUGUGCAGGCGCAGACCAUAUCAUCACGAUGGACCUACACGACCCUCAAUAUCAGGGUUUCUUCGACAUCCCGGUCGACAACCUGUAUGGAAAAGCCCUGCUCCAAAACUACAUCCAGAUCCAGAUUCCCGAGUUUCCCCAGGCUGUGAUUGUUUCUCCCGAUGCUGGAGGUGCGAAGCGUGCCACGCUCAUUGCAGACAGUCUGAAAACAGACUUUGCUCUGAUCCACAAGGUAAUCCCACCAACUGAUCUUACCCCUUCUGAUCAAAACUCAUUUAUUGCUACAAAGGAGCGACGACCCAUCCGGUUUACCGAGCAUCGAAAUGCAAGCAUGAUGCUGGUUGGUGAGGUGAAGAACCGUAUCUGCAUUCUUGUUGACGACAUUGUCGACACCGGUAACACCAUCACACGUGCUGCGAAACUUCUAAAGAAAGAGGGCGCUGCUCAGGUUUAUGCCCUUGUUACUCACGGAGUAUUCAGCGGUGACUCCAUUGCUCGCAUCAAUGCUUCUGCGAUCGACAAGAUGCUUGUUACGAACUCCGUUCCCCAGGAGGAGCACCGCAGACUAUGCCCCAAGCUUGAUGUGCUCGACAUCUCACCCGUCUUCGCCGAAGCCAUUCGCCGUGUCCACCAUGGCGAGUCUAUCAGUGUGCUUUUCCAGCUCACCUAA